CUGAACUUGGCCUCCUCUGUGGCCUGACAGUUGCAUCGAUUGCUGCUCUUGUGAUGGAGUCGCAGAGUUGAAUUUCUCCACUUUUCUUGAUUAUCCAACCGUAUUAAGCUGGUGGCAUUUGCCACUUAAGUUGGACAACUAUGGGGUCGUUGUUUCGCAGUGAAGAGAUGGCACUUUGCCAGCUCUUCUUGCAAAGUGAAUCAGCUUAUACAUGUGUCUCCGAGCUUGGGGAAUUAGGACUGGUGCAGUUUAGGGAUCUCAAUCCUGAUGUGAAUGCUUUCCAACGAAAAUUUGUGAAUGAGGUUCGACGAUGUGAUGAAAUGGAAAGGAAAUUGCGAUAUUUGGAGCGUGAGAUCCGUAAGGAUGGUAUUCCGGUCCUCGACACUGGUGAGAACCCUGAGGCUCCCAUGCCUAGAGAGAUGAUUGAUCUUGAGGUUAAGUUUGAGAAGCUGGAAAAUGAGCUGAAGGAAGUAAACAGUAAUGCUGAAGCACUCAAGAGGAACUACCUAGAGUUGACUGAGUUGAAGCAUAUCCUCAAGAAGACUCAGGUGUUCUUUGAUGAGGCUAUGUACCCUCCCAACCUUCCUUACGACCAAGAUGUGUAUUUUGACGAUGAAGAGCGAGUUAAUCUGCUGACGGACUCAUCACUUCACCAGCUCAAGCAUAUUGGGUUUGUUGCUGGAGUAAUCCUUCGUGAAAGAAUUCCUGCAUUUGAACGGAUGCUGUGGCGUGCGUGUCGUGGCAAUGUGUUCCUUCGACAAGCUGAAAUGGAUGAUCCAUUAGAGGACCCAGCCUCUGGUGAGCAAGUCUACAAGUCGGUGUUCAUCAUCUUCUUCCAAGGAGAUCACCUGAAGAUGCGUGUCAAAAAGAUUUGUGAGGGUUUCCGAGCUACCAUGUACCCUUGUCCUGAAGCUCCAGCUGAUAGACGUGAAAUGGCUAUGGGGGUUAAGACACGUCUAGAUGAUCUCAAUACUGUAUUGAGCCAGACACAAGACCAUCGUCAUCGAGUGUUGGUGUCUGCUGCGAGAAAUAUCCGGGCCUGGAUGAUGAAAGUUUGGAAGAUAAAGAGUAUUUAUCAUACACUCAACAUGUUUAACUUGGAUGUCAUCCAGAAUGGUCUGAUUGCUGAAUGCUGGAUCCCUGUUGCUAAUUUGGAGGAUGUGCAGUUGGCUCUUCGGCGAGGCACUGAAAAGAGCGGGAGUUUACCGGCAAUUCUAAACCGAUUGAGCACACAUGAGGCCCCACCUACAUUUCAUCGUACAAACAAAUUUACAAAAGCCUUUCAAACACUGAUAGAUUCCUAUGGUGUGGCUACGUAUCGGGAGAUAAACCCGGCACCGUACACCAUCAUAACAUUCCCAUUCCUGUUUGCCGUUAUGUUUGGUGACGUUGGACAUGGAAUAAUUAUGGCACUCUUUGGGGGUUGGAUGGUGUGGCGAGAAAAACCGCUAGCAGCUAAGAAGACAGACAAUGAGAUCUGGAACAUAUUCUUUGGAGGUCGCUACAUCAUCCUCUUGAUGGGUCUGUUCUCCAUGUACACUGGACUCAUCUAUAAUGAUAUCUUCUCCAAAUCCAUGAAUUUAUUUGGCUCUUCCUGGCAUGGAGUCUAUGAUGAAUCUACCAUCGAGCACAACAAAGAACUCAUAUUAGAUCCAGGAAAUCGUGAACAGUAUAGCCAGACCCCAUACCCAUUUGGUCUGGAUCCCAUGUGGCAACUAUCCACCAAUAAAAUCAACUUUUACAAUUCCUACAAAAUGAAGAUCUCGAUUAUAUUUGGAAUUAUCCACAUGAUGUUUGGUGUGAUCCUCAGUGUAUGGAACCACAGAUUCUUCGACAGAUCCAUGAAUAUCUACUGUGAGUUCAUCCCCCAGGUGUUGUUUUUAACCUGCCUGUUCGUGUAUAUGGUCUUCCUUGUGUUCCAUAAGUGGGUAUGGUAUGGUGCACUUGGGACUGUGUCACAGUCUUCAAGUUGUGCACCAUCCAUCCUUAUUACCUUCAUCAACAUGGUACUGGUAAAAGGAUAUCAAGAUCACGAGGGUGAAGAUUGCUCGCCGUACAUGUUUGCUGGACAGUUUGGAAUCCAGAGGUUCCUUCUUAUAGUUGCCCUCCUAUGUGUACCAUGGAUGCUGUGUGUCAAACCAUUCCUUCUCCAUCGCAAUAACAAACGAAGACAGCUGGUGACACAAGCCAAUGGAGGUGAGGGAAUGGUGGAGGAAGGUGGUGAAGCAGCAGCUGCAGCAGCAGCAGCAGCAGUGACAGAGGAGCUCCAUGACAUGGGUGAAGUGAUGAUUCACCAGGGCAUCCACACUAUUGAAUAUGUUCUAGGUUCUGUGUCACAUACUGCUUCAUAUCUUCGACUAUGGGCUUUGUCUUUAGCUCAUGCACAGCUAAGUGAAGUACUGUGGUCAAUGGUGCUGCAAAUUGGACUAACCUCUGGUGGUGAGGGUGGAAGUGGAGGUAUUGUCAUGUACUUAAUCUUCGCUUUCUGGGCAUUUCUGACUGUGGCUAUCUUAGUGCUGAUGGAAGGCCUCUCUGCGUUCCUCCAUACACUUCGAUUGCAUUGGGUGGAGUUCCAGAGUAAGUUCUACGGAGGCACAGGUUAUCCCUUUGUUCCAUUUGCCUUUGAAACUAUUCUUGAUCAGGCAGAAAAUGCUGUAGUUGAACAGUAAGUUGGUGAUCGGAGAAAAUGCUUAACGGAGAAUGAAUCUUGCAACUCGAAUACCUUGGAUGUACUGCUCUCAAAAAACAAGGUACGACCACUGCUUAAGUAUAUUAUUGUGUUCCUAUAAAAUCACUUAUCAUAGGUCUUGCAAGGAGUUCUCUAAAACAUUUAAUAUUUGCAAAGGAUUUCAUUCUGACAUUAAUCAGAACAUUUUAUGAGGAGUGUUGAAUAGCUGUAUAAAGUCAACAGUACACUAUUACUUAAUUAAAACAAUGUAAGGUGAUUUACACACCUCUCUCAAUACCCCGAUCUCUAACAAGUUGACCUAUACACAGCUUUUACACUUAUGAUCUCCAACAAGGUUGACUUGAGCACAUCUUCACUAUUUUUUGACAGGUUGACAUUAACAGAAUUUCACUAUCAUCAUCUUUAACAGUAUAACAUAAACAUUUAUGUUAUACUGUAAAAGAUGAUGAUAGUGAAAUUCUGUUAAUGUCAACCUGUCAAAAAAUAGUGAAGAUGUGCUCAAGUCAACCUUGUUGGAGAUCAUAAGUGUAAAAGCUGUGUAUAAGUCAACUUGUUAGAGAUCGGGGUAUUGAGAGAGGUGCGUAAAUCACCUUGCCAGGGAUCAUUACUGCAAAAGGUGCCUUUGAAAUAACUUAUUAGAGAUCAUAAUAGUGAAAGGAAUGUGUAAUCAACUUGUUGGAGACCUUGAGGGGUAAAAGGUGUGGUUUUAUAAGUCAUCCAUUCAAAGAUCAUGGUGGUGUUUCUGGAAAGAACAUGACCACAUUUCAACAGUACCCUCUAUUUCCAUUUUUGUGCAGUGCAGCCGAUUUCAUUUUGCUUGAAAGUCCAGAACUUUCACAUGAAUUGUACACAUUAAUUUUUCUUUGUGCCUGUUUUUGGGUUUACCAUAAUGAAUAAAGCUUCUGUAACAGAAAAAAAAAUAUGAAAAUAAACUUGAUAUUUUGACAGUGGCAUGCAGCAUUUUAGUAAAAAAUGGAGAGUUGGACAAAUUUAGAUGUUUUAUUCUGUUUAUUUAAAUAUCAACAAUAGGAUGGGGACUUGGGGCUUAUGUAUAACUUCACAAAAAUUUAGUCAUCCACUUAAAGUUUAUAGUAAUCAUUCUUCCAGCACCAUAUUACAUAAAUUGGGCUAUUUUUUGUCAUUAGAUAUAAAAAAUGGUGAAGUAGCAUGUUAUCUAAAACACAAAAUGAUAUUAUCAUUGUUUGAAAGCUACAGUACCAGUGAUUAAUUGGAUGUAUGGUCUCUGAGAAUCAUAGUUAUUGAGAAGAAUGUUGUAUAUACCAGUUCUUUUGGGUUUGUCAGAAUAGUUGUUGUAUGCUUUGAGAUUAUAAGUUGUGAAAUCUAGGUCAUUUAAACAAUGUGUCCUUAGCUCCUUCAUCCUCUGAAAGUCUGGUCAGACUUGAAAUAUUCUGCUGUGUUUUUAUGGUUCACACUUUACAUGCACAUACUGUAUAUGCUUCAUAUACUGUAAUGAAAUGUUGAUAAAAUUUGUACAACUGCUUACCCAUUUAUUAAAAUACUGGUAUAUUCAAAAUUUGUCAUAAAUAUACAACUUCCAUUCUUAUAUAGCUACAAUACUGUACUGUAUACUAAAUUCAUGAGAGAGAAAUUGCUGUCAUGUUUCAUUCUACAAUAUUGUUCCUGUUUGCACUUAAUAAUUCUUUGCUCUUGAUGAUUUCAUAUACUGUAUUUUAUUUUGUUUUGUGCACAACUUAUAAUUUUUAUACAGAGAAUAUCCAUAAAUAUGUGUAAAUGAAAAUGAUUUUGAUAUUUUAUACUACAGUUUUAAAAUAUAUUGUCACACUUGGCAUUUGCCCAAACACUCACAUUCUUUGACACUUAUAUAUGCAGUCCUUAUUUUGUAAUUAUUAUAUUUGAAACUGUUACUCAUAAUAUCUCUAAAGCUUUUUUUUCACACUUGAAUACAGUAUUCUGCAUACAGAGAAUGGCAUGUGCUAAAUCCCAGUUUCAUGAGUACAUUAUGUUCUAUGUUAAUAUAAGGUAAGUACUGUAGAGCUGGAAAUUAUUUCUUGUUGAUCUAGAUGUACCAAGUUAGUGUAAAAGAUGUUUAAGUACAUAACCAUAAACACUUACAAGUAGUUGUAUUUACCAUAAUAAAAUUUCAUUGUAAGAACCAAAUAUACUUACUACAAUACUGUACUGUAUAGGUGCAAAGAAAUUACUUCAUGCCCAUGAACAUGUUAUCUUCAAAAACUAAAUACAGUACUCAAAUGAUACCUCAAGCCUACCAAAGGAUGUCUGAUAUGAUCUACAACAUGUGUUAUACAGGUUGUCAAUCCCUUAUCCGAAAUCCUUGGGGCCAAAGGCAUUUCGGAUUUCGUAAUUUUUCGGUUUUCAGAAUGUUUUUUUUUUUUUUUUUUUUUAUAUACGUGAAUUAGCCCCCCAGGCCCCGAUGUGGGUCAGUGAUCUAUGCCCGGGUGGGCUAAUACUUGUUUAAAAAGAAAAAAAAAAAGUUUUGCUCCACAAAAAGAAAAAAACCUUUCGGUUUUCGGAAUUUCGGUUAAGCAGUUGUCAACCUGUAGUAUUUGCUCUCAUGAAUACUAAGGAUAUAAAGAUAUAUUUUAAAAUAAUUUUUAUUUACCACUUAGAUGUUCAAGAAAAUGGUUAGGUUAUGAUGUCUAGGUAGGCUGAUACAGUACUUUAACUUAGACAUGUGAUUACUCAGGCUUUGGCUUCUUAAGUAUUUAUUUUUUUUAUGUGUAAAUAUACAAAUCUUUUAUCAUUAUUGAUUGGGAAAGGUGAUACAUAAAAUUAUAUUGAUUUUAUUUAACAAGGCUUUCAUUUUCUAAUUGUAAAAUCUGUGGUUUGGUGAAGAAUCCAGUAAUUGAGAGUAGGUUUAUUAAACACAGCAUAUAUUUUCUCAUGCUCUGAAAGAAUGCUCUUCAUCUAAAUAACAUUCUUGUAAAUCAUUUCAAGUUACUGCACUCAUCAUUGUAUAGACAUACAUUUUAAAGAUUUUAUUGUUGCUUAUAGAUUAUUCCUUUAUAGAACAUAUAUUUAUGGACUUCAUUGCAUGUCAGAGGACUGUAAAAGCUAAUUUCCUGGAAUGUUGUAUUAUGAGUAUUAAAUUUAACAUUUAAUGGCAAGAUUGUACACAAAAUUUAGGAAAAUUAGAACAUGACAAAACACAGGAGGGGUUGGAGCUUAUGGAUUUAAGGAAGGGAGGUCCAAACAUGGUUUAUUGACCAUAUAUGUAAGAGGUUAACAAUAGGCAAUCUAUCCUCAGUGUGAGGAUUUUAUGGAAUGCCAUUUUGUUCAUCAAAGGUUAACAAAAUUGUCAUAGCACGAUACAGUCUGAAGACUAAAGGGAGUGACAUUCUGUCCCUUAGAGAGGAUAAUGAGACGUGCUAUGAGAUUGAUGAAUAUGAGGCAUUUAGUCUUGCAAAGAGAAAAGUCAGUGUGCUUCUCUUUUUACCCAGUAGUUAAACAGCUUACCGUGUCAUUCUUCCCACCAGUCACAGGGCUUAAUAUAUGGCAAUAUACUCUGGAGGAGAGGCUAAUUGUCACUGCUCCCCUCCAACCAGUUUCAGUAAGAGGUUUGCUAAGGUGCAGUAUUGUCCCUUUUUGUGAGUAAAAAGGAAAAGUAGGUAAGUAAUAUUUUAAAAGUAUAAAAGUACAAAGGUUAUCAAAUCAUAAAAUUUUCAGCAAAGGUAAUCAUAUAUUAGCAGAAUAAUCACAAUUAAUUGUACUGUAUGAUGUAUCAUGUUCCAGAGGAUGUUAAGAAAAAUUAUUCACUGUUGUUAUUUUACCUUGUUAUUUAUACCUUGAAAAUGCUUUACAUUGUAGCCCCAGUUUAAUAGGUGUAAGGAAUUGAUUUCGCUCCAUUGUGAUGUUCACACUUGAAUAUCUUGAAAGCAGUAAAUAUUAAGUAAGAGAAAACUACUUAAUUAAAAACUCAAUGCACUAUUGAGUAUUAUAACAUCCAGGCUACGGUGGACAUGCACACAUACAGUAUAUGGAAGAACUAAUUGACAUAGUGUUCCUCUUAUACAUAAAAUGUAAUGGUUCAUGAUAGAUAUUAAAUUCAUUGAAGUAUAUUUACAGAUUACCCUCUGCUGCUGCAUCAGAAAGGAAUUUUAUUUAAGUUGCAUAAUAACAUGUCCUAAAAAAUGCUAAGUUCAGAAAUAUAACAUGUAGUAUAUCCCUUUAUCAUUAUUAGAACUUUGGUUGCAAUUAGGUACAGUACUGAAAAUCAGACCUAGAGAGAAUAUUACUGAUGUGUCUUAUAAAACUUUAGUCACAAUUCAUGAUGAAAUGUUAUUAUUUUGCUCAUGUACUAUACCAUUGGAGAACAAAUAUGAAGACUUAGCAAAAAUUGGAUAAUGUAAAUGGAAUUCCUUCAGUUUGUAAGGGUGAACCCUUCAUAAUUUUACUGGUCAGAAAAUAUGUAAUCCCUAGUCAUUAGAUUGGCAGUCAAGAAGUCUAAUUUAUCUUGUAUAUCAAUAAAUUAGUUAGAAAAUUA